AUGGAGGGCAUGUUUGACACUGCAUUGCAAAGACAGCGCGAUGCCCUCCACGCCAAGGAUGACGAUCGAGCGAUUGUAGAGAUCAGAAAUGGCGAACACGAUGCGAACCCCAUAUGGUUCAGCAUGAGACGUGUAGACCAACUCAAUGGAAGGGUUAUUUUGGACAAGGUCACCCGUGUAUUGAAUUCAAAUCAGGAAUUCAUGGCCGAUGGACAGUUAAGGAUGUCCUACAUACAUGUCCCUACGCCACGAGCUGGUGGUCGCCGCACCAACAUCGUAGCGAAUGAAUCUAUGGCAGAUUGGUUGGUGAGGAAGCAGGAUCAAAAGUGUGUGUUUUCUCCGGAUAAUGUUGACAACAUGUGUCUCACACGUAGCGUUGCUGUUGCUAUGGCUAAACUUAGGGUCAGUAGAUUUGCCUUUCGUCGGAUGAAAAGUCCAGCAUCAGGUAUUCAGACGGAGAAGGCUGAGUCUCUCUGCACCCAUGCAAAUAUAGACAAAACACAACGCUGUGGUAUUGACGAGGUGCGCAAACUGCAAGAUGCACUCCCUGACUUUAGGUUGUGCGUGUUCACUGACAAGGAGGGAAAAGAGUGCGUUUUCAAGGGUCCUUACGCUGUAGCUCGUAAAAACAUCUACCUUCUUUGGCAUGCUGAACAUUUCGCAGCCAUUUUCUACCCCGAGUCGGCAUUCGAUUACAAAUUCAUGUGCGAAAAAUGUGUUGUCUUCUACAACAAUGCGGGGGAUCACAGAUGUCCAGGGUCUUGUUGGCGAUGUCUAGGCCCAGAUGAACACACGGAUGCUCUUAGGCGUUGUGACAGCUGCGGACAUCAAUUUGCAGGGGAUGAGUGCUUUGAAAAUCACAAAACACACAAACUCCCUCACUCACAAUUCACAAAGUGUGACGCCUUCAAAUUUUGUAAUGGUUGUAAAAGGAGCUAUUCACGAUUAAGAGGCGGGCCUCAUGUGUGUAAUUUUGUGUAUUGCAAAUUCUGCAAGAACAACGUCCUGGAAAACCACCUCUGUUUCAUGCAGAGAUGGGAGGAAAAGGAAAAAAAUGACAAAUGGUCCUACCACACGGUGACGUAUGACAUCGAAACUUCCCAAUGUGACCCAGUGGAGGGGCAACCUGACACACUCGAGCACAAGCCGAUACUCCUAGUAAGUCAAACUGUGUGUGACGCGUGCGCACACAUUCAGCAGGAUGAUUACUUUUGCACGCAUUGUAAGACAAGACAACACAUUUUCCACUGUCUUGAUGAUCCUAACAUUAAUGUUAUGGGGCAGUUCCUCGAUUAUCUGCAGUCGUUUCCUGCUAAAUCAGCUUUACUGCUUGUUGCUCAUAAUGCAAAAGCGUUCGAUGCAAUUUUUGCACUUCAGGAAAUGAUUGCUCGUAAACUAAAAGUAGAUCUCACGUUACAGGGGGCGAAAAUAAUAAGCAUGAAGGUGAAAACAUGGAAAUUUAUUGAUUCUCUUAUGUUUCUCCCCAUGCCUCUGAGCUCGAUGCCAAAGGCGUUCGGACUGAAUGAGUUAAAGAAAGGUUACUGGCCUUAUCUAGCCUGUAAACCUGAGUAUUUUCAUUAUGAGGGACCUUUACUUGAUCAGUCGUACUACUGUGUAUCGACGAUGAAGUCAAAAGCGGCAGUCGACUUUCAUACAUGGUAUGAUCAACAAGUAUCUGAUGGGUAUGUGUUCAACUUCAAAAAAGACCUUAUAGAUUACUGUAUUUCUGAUGUUACUAUUUUGCGUCAGUCAUGUCAUGCUUUCCGUAAGCUCUUCGAACAGUGUGCGGGCUUUGACCCUAUGUUCCAUUGUAUCACUUUGAGCAGCGCAUGCAUGUCCGCCUAUCGACGGAACUUUCUACCUCCCAAUAAGAUAGGACUUGUUCCUGACGGUGGUUAUCAUGGUAGAGGUAAACAAAGUCAUGCUGCUCUCAGAUGGCUUGAUUUUGAGGCCCAUAAACUAGGAAUGGUUAUCAAAACUGUACAUACAGAUAGGGAAGUUUCAAUUUUGGGACGCCGUGUUGACGGAUAUGUUGAAAUCCCACACCCUGAUGGUCGUAUAGAGAAACGAGUGUACCAGUUUCACGGGUGUUACUGGCACCACUGCCCGCAACACUUCCCCACCUCAGAUGACGACAAAGAGAACCGUCACGAACGUACACAAGCACUCACUGCUCUUUUUAGAGAACAAGGUUACAUUGUAGUGGAAAAGUGGGAGUGUAAAUUCAACGAAGAGUUGAAGACAGACCCCGAAACAAUUGCAUUUUUUGAGGCUCACCCCACAACAAGGUCCCCUCCUCUUUUGCUUAGAGAUGCUCUUGUUGGGGGACGUACUAGUGCGAUGCGCUGGUACCAUAAGGCAAACCUUGAGAAGGGCGAGCGAAUCAACAUGGCAGAUGUUGUAUCGGAGUACCCUAAUGCAAACCUUCGAGGAAAGUACCCCUACGGGCAUCCCAAAAUUUACCUGGAAGGUGACCCUGACAUUCCUCCUGUUGAGGAGUGGAACGGCAUGAUCAAGUGUACGGUCCUCCCCCCACGUGAUCUGUUUGUACCAGUUCUCCCGUACAAAGCUAGAGGGCGGCUGAUGUUUCCUCUCUGUAGAACCUGUGUAGAGACGGGAAACAAAGAAUCCUGUCAUCAUAAUGACCCUAGUGAUAGACAACUAACAAGCUCAUGGUGUGCCCCAGAACUUUUACUUGCUCUGCAAGAAAAAUCAUAUCAACUUGUCACUGUGCAUGAAGUCCACCAAUACCCAGGCACAAUGGUCUAUAAUCCUGAUACUGGUGAGGAUGGUCUUCUAUCGGGCUAUGUCCGAUGCUUCAUGGCAUUGAAAAUGCAGGCAAGUUGGUGGCCACCUGAAUGUGAUUCAGAGAAAAAAAGUCUGAGUUUAUAG